GAGUCCAGCACAGCUCAGAAUUGGGAGGCUUUGAACACUAACCCGGAUGAUAAGAAUCGUUUCUACAUUAAUGUGUGCCAUGAGGUCUUGCAGAGAGGAGGUGCUAUGGGCUGUGAGGAGGAUGCUGCAAUUUGUGCAGUGGAUUCCGACAAAAAGAAAAAUUUAGGGAAGUUUUUGUCCCCUCCAAAGUUGGUUGGUGACCACAUUGUCCUUGAAUACACAGAGGGUUCAGAAUGUGGAGAAAAAAAGAGAAUUCAAACCAAUGUCACACUUAUAUGCAGCCCAGGAAACCUUGAAAGUCCCCCUAUACUGAAGCAUUCAGAUGACUGCCUGUAUGAGUUUGAGUGGAACACUGCUGCAGCCUGUGUCCUGUCCAAAACAGAAGGAGAUAAUUGUAGAGUGUCUGAUUCUCAUGCUGGUAAGUUUAUU